UGGCUGCUGGAGAUGAGCCUAGGCUUGACCUAACCAUGAUUCCAAGGACUGGCACUUCUUUUUUACCCCCAGUUUGUAGAGAUCCAGACCUUCUCUUCCUGAUUGUCAAGAAAAUUAAGUUAUUGCUGAAUUUGGGAAUCUAGGCAGCACCAGCUUACUUUUUCCCUGCAUUUCUCUGGCAUAAUUUCUGGGAUAUUUUCCAAAUCAUCACAGAAAGCAGGAGGAAUGAACCGGCAGCUAGUGAAAAUUUUGACAACCUUGUUUGCAUUUUUCUUAGAGACAAACCACUUCAGGACGACUUUCUGUAAAGAACAUGAUUCAAGAUCUGGAAAACCCCCCUCACAGACCCUGUCUCCUUCAGAUUUUUUGGACAAAUUGAUGGGAAGGACAUCAGGGUAUGAUGCUAGAAUCAGACCAAAUUUUAAAGGUCCUCCAGUAAACGUUACUUGCAAUAUUUUUAUCAACAGUUUUGGAUCAGUCACAGAAACCACAAUGGACUACAGAGUGAACAUUUUUUUGAGACAGCAGUGGAACGACUCACGUCUGGCUUACAGUGAAUAUCCUGAUGAUUCCCUGGAUUUGGAUCCUUCUAUGUUGGACUCUAUUUGGAAGCCAGAUUUAUUCUUUGCCAAUGAGAAGGGAGCAAACUUCCAUGAUGUCACAACAGACAACAAAUUGCUGAGGAUUUCUAAAACUGGAAAAGUGUUGUACAGUAUCAG